CUGUAGUGUUCCGUCGAAGUUACUCCGUUUCUCGCUUCCAGCCAACGACCGGCAUCAGGACUUUAAUUGUCAGCCUGUAAUGCAUCGAAUUUGUGACCAGAUCUUCAAGUCGCCAUUCACUUCCGCUCCGGGAUGUCUUCCAGCUUACUUCUAACUUCCUACGGCAUCAGGACACUCAUUGCUCAAGUAAAGUACUUUCCGAAUUCCAACAAUUUAAAGUCCGUAGCAUGUUUUUAUUAGCCUGCUAAAGACUUAUUAGUUGUGGUGUCCGACGGUUUUCAGCCAAUUUGUGCUGGUCUUGGUAUAGAGGUUAGCAUUUUGGCUUUUAACAGUCACAAUUGCGAUAAAAAUCCCGAUCAAGUCAGCAUCAAGUUGAGCGCAAAUGAAAAUAAUUGCAUAAUUGUUGACAUUUUUGGGGGUCAGUCAUUGUAAAACGAACAGUCGACAACCGGAGAGGAGCUAACCUGCGAUGCGUAUUUGUUUAUCAGAUGUGAACCUUAACCGGGCUGUACCACUGGGAUAUUGAGCACCGGUUGUGUCGACGGCUUACGUUCGAAUUUGUGUUUAAUUUUAAGCUUUUUGAAAUUUUUGCGGUGUAAAGCCCUCCAAAAGCCCUCCAAAAAGCCCUCCACUGAUAGAAGCGAAUUUUUUUUGAUAAAUUAGGGGUUAUUUUGCUGAGUUGAAAAUGCCACCGCGUCGCGAAUUAACUCGAGAGGAAAAAGAUGAGAAGAAUAGGAAGGCUAGGGAAAAAAGAAGUAACGAAGACCCGGAGGCAAAGGAAGUGCGAUUGGCGGCUAAUAGGGAAAGGGCCAAGAUCGCUCGUGAAGAGAAGCGACGUCGGCUCAAUCCCGAAGAAGUUCAGGUUGCAAAAAAUUUGAAUGCGAAAAAGGCUAGGGAAGAGCGUCAGGCAGAGGCACCUGACGAGAGAGCGUUGAGGCAGAGGUUAGAUGCUGAGCGGAAGAGAGUCGCCCGUGCUAACGAGACUCAGGUUGACCAUGAAGCUAGACUGCAUGAUCAGCGAAUCCGUCAGCAACUCCUUCGACAGGAACAAGCGGAAGAAGAAAAUCGUGCUCGACUGUUAGCCGAGGCGGAGCGGCAAGCAGUUUUUCGUCAAGAAGAAGAAAAUCGUGCGCGACUGUUAGCCGAGGCGGAGCGGCAAGCAGUUCUUCGUCAAGAAGAAGAAAAUCGUGCGCGACUGUUAGCCGAGGCGGAGCGGCAAGCAGAUCUUCGUCAAGAUGAACAAAUUCGAGCUCGAUUGCAAGCCGAGGCAGAGCGGCAAGCUGCUCUUCGUCAACAAGAAGCAGCAAUUAUUCUACGAGCGAUGAAUCAGAGACCUGCAUGUGAUCGCCCAAGAGUUGUUCUUGCUAAUGAUGCUGUGGCAGAGCGUCCAGCAAGACAACAACAUCAGGCAAGAAAGAGAGCUGCUGACGACACCGAAACUGCUGAAGAACAACGAGCUAGGUUGCAAGCCCAGGCAUUGCGGAAGAAAUAUCUGCGGAGAGAUGAAUCGGAAGCAGAGAGAUCAGCAAGACUUCAAGAUCAGGCAUUGAGGCAAAAAUCUCUGCGGAACGAGGAGUCUGAAGCAGAGAAAUCUUCUAGACUUUGUGAACAGGCUUUGCGGCAACAUUCUCUGCGGAAAGAGGAAUCUGAGGAAGAAAAAUGGGCAAGACAGCGAGCGCAGGCAGUACGGCAAAAAAAUUUGCGAAAUAAGGAGCUAGAAGUAGAAAAGCAGGCACGACUUCAAGAUAAGUUAUUACGUCAAAAUGCUGUUCGCGACAAAGAAACUGAAGAAACUACUUUGGCUCGACUUUGCGAUCAGUCGUUACGCCAAGAAGCUGUACGUGGCAGAGAAACAGGAGAAGAAAGAUUGGAGCGCGCUAUCGCUGAUAGAUUCCUUCAUCAAGUAAAUCUCUUCGAAGAAACUGAGGAAGAUACCGCAGAACGACGUGAGCAGCACACGGAAGUCAUGACUGAUUAUAGAGCGACUGAAAAUGAGGAAGAAACAGCUGAUAGGCGUGAAGAGGAUAGGUUGCGAACAGAGCUACAGCGAGAACAUCAAUUUGAAAGAGAGCGAGAAGAGGAAGAACUGCGAGCAAGAAAUGCGCUUCAACACGCCGAAAUUGUUCCCGUUGAAACCGCAGACCACGAAGCUUUUCUUCGUGAGAUGCACCUUGAUCGCAACCGUGCUGGAAAUCGGCGAACGCAUCGGAUAGCUUGCAAAGACAUUGUUGUAGAGGAUCGGGUUCAUUUGCUUGACAUUGGAGAUUUGACCAAGAUUUGUGCUGAGUGUGACGCCAAACACUUUGAAAAAGAGAUGCCAAAAGAUCAAAAGUUCCAGCGAUGCUGCGGAAAGGGAAAAGUGAUUAUUCCACCACCAAAGCCAUGUCCGCAACCCUUGGCCAGUCUCUUGCAAAAUCAGCAUCCAAAGUCCAAGCAAUUCAUGAAGCAAAUUCGAAACUACAACAGUGCUCACGCUUUUGCUUCGCUUGGAGCAAACCAAUCUCCACCACCAAACCGAGGUCCCUACUGCUAUCGAAUUCAUGGCCAGAUUUACCAUCAAAUCACUCCGCUUGGUCCAACACCAAAUCCCAGAUAUGCAGAUCUGUAUUUUUUGGACUCGGCGCAGGCCACUGAUUAUAGGGCAAAUAUCCAGGCAAUGUCGGGUUGUUGUAGAAUAUUGAUGGAAGAAUUGGACGCUAUGCUUCGAGAGAAGAAUCCGUACGCCUUGGUUUACAAGAUGAUGCGCCAAGUUCUUGAAGAAGAAUACGUUCAACGCCAGGCCGCAAAUCUUCCUCACUACACUGUCGGCAUGAUCAUCACUUGUGAUAGAAGAAAUGUCGACCAGCGGCGCUACAACUGCCCGACGGCCCACGAGAUAGCAGUAGUAUUCAAAAGCUCUGAUGGAGCUCCGCCAUCCAACAGAGAUAUUCGUGGCCAUCUCUAUAUUCCCGUCAGAGGCCGACGUUUCAUCCAGAUUAACACACAGAAGCCCAUGUGUGAUCCGAUGUGUUAUCCUCUGCUAUUCCCCAACGGUGAAGAUGGUUGGCAUACUCACAUGAAUUAUAACACCACCAGUCGGAGGGAAAGAGAUGAAGCAGCAGCAAUGGCAAUGAUUGUUGAUGAGGAUGAAGAGGAGCAGAUUGAUCCCCUGUGGCCCAACCCCAGAGUUUUAAUUCGUGAAGAAGUCGCCGCAGCAGAUGGCAAUGCUGAGAUUGAAAAUGAGCGAAUUGUAGAACCGGAACCAGCCGAAGCAGACGAGAACGAUGAUCAACAAUCAAACAGGAACAGAGGCCCACGCUCAAGAGUGACGCAAGCCGAGUUCUACAGUUCAAUCAUGUCAAUCCGCGGUGAUUUCAAUAUCGUUUUGUCCGGGGGUGCCCUCACUCAGCAAUAUUUUGUCGAUUCUUACGUCAAGACCGAGGGGAAUCGCAUAGAUUGGCUCAGAAAACACCAGACAGAGCUGCAUGUUGAGCGCUACUGCGGUCUGAUGGAUUACAUCAACAAUCGAGCGGAAAGAGAAAAUGUGGAAGUUGGCACUAUCUACAUUCUCCCUUCGUCCUUCAUUGGCAGUCCUCGAGCCAUGAAGCAAAAUUAUCAAGACGCGAUGGCAAUUGUUGCCAAAUUUGGGAAACCAACUUUUUUUUUAACGUUUACUUGCAAUCCCAAGUGGAGAGAAAUUACGGCAAAUAUUGCGAACUAUCAGACAGCUUCUGAUCGUCCCGAUAUGGUCGCACGAGUCUUCCACUUGAAGAAAAAAGAGUUGGUCGACGACAUCGAGAAAAAGCAAGUUUUGGGUUUCGCCACAGCUCAUAUCGAAGUCAUCGAAUUUCAAAAACGCGGUCUUCCUCAUUGCCACAUGCUGAUCUGGAUCGAUAAGAGAGAUGCCCCUUUAUCACCAGAAGAUAUGGACAAGACCAUUUGUGCGGAAAUUCCCGACAAGUCUCUCCAUCCAAGACUCUACGCCGCUGUUAUGGCUCACAUGAUCCACGGCCCGUGUGGAGCCAUCAACAAAAAGUCUCCUUGCAUGGAUGUUGAAGGGUGCACCAAAAAGUUUCCGAAAGAUUUCAUCGCAGGAACCAUCAUCAACGACAACGGCUAUCCGACUUAUAGAAGAAGAGACACUGGAGUUAAACAUCCGUUGAAAAGAGGGAAUGUCGUCUAUGAAGUAGACAACAGAUGGGUUGUGCCUUAUAACCCUUGGUUGCUGCUGAAAUAUGACUGUCACAUAAACCUCGAAUCCUGCGCUUCACUCACCAGUGUCAAAUACAUCUUUAAGUACGUGUACAAAGGCCAUGACAGCGGAAACAUUGAGACAAAAAAGGGAACGCAUCAGCAAGUUGAAGGUGAAGAUGAGCCGACAUUCGUGUGGGACGAAAUCACUACUUUUUUGGACACGCGUUACGUCAGCGCACCAGAAGCCGCCUGGAGAAUCAAUAAGUUUCCCCUCAGCAAUCGUUCCCAUGUCAUCUUUCGACUUGCCGUACAUCUUCCAUUGGAACAGUCCGUCUUUUUUCACCCGGGGAACGAGGAACAAGCAGUCGCCAACGCCGCUUUGAAAGAAACGACUUUAACUGCUUUUUUCAUCUUGAACCGGGAUAAUGAAGAAGCGAGGCAGUAUUUUUACAGAGAGAUUGUCAACCAUUUUGCUUUCGUCAAGGUUGGUGGCCGUAAUUUCUGGAAGCGACGAGUUCAAAAUCUCAAAAUCAUUGGCCGAUUGUACACGGUGAGUGUCCGUCAAAUUGAGCGAUUCUGCCUGCGCUUGCUCCUCAUUAACGUCAAAGGACCGACCAGUUUUGAAAAUCUUCGAACAGUCAACGGUGUAAUUUUACCGACGUUUAAAGCAGCCGCCGCUGCCUUAAAUUUGUUGGAAGAUGACAGCGUUUGGGAGAGGACACUGGACGAUGCGGCCGCCUUUGAAAUGCCAGAACGAUUGCGACAGCUUUUUGUUGACAUUUGUCUGUUUUGCAAUCCUACGGAUGCUCUUUAUCUCUUUGAGCGAUCUUUGCCUCAGCUAAUGGAAGAUUUUAUUCGUAAUGGUCACGACGCCGAAAUAGCAAAAAACUUGACUUUGAAAUUUAUUCAAGACAAGCUACUUCUCAACAAUCAAACGAUGGAAAAUCUCUCAUUGCCUGUUCCUGAUUUUCAGCUUAUUCAUCGUCUUAUCGCGGCUCAACUCGAAGAAAAUGCUGAAAUUACUAUGAGAGAGAAGAGAAGAUUGGGUGAAUUGAUGGUUAGUCAGUUGAACGAAGGUCAACGGGCUGCCUUCGAUCAAGUCAUGGCUGCCGUCAACGAUACUGAAAAUGCAAUUCCGCAUCAGUAUUUCUUGGAUGGCCCUGGAGGAACGGGGAAGACGUUCCUGUACAACACUCUCAUCACCGUACUGCAGGGACAAGGGAAAACAGUGAUCGCCGUUGCGUCUACCGGCAUCGCUUCUACGUUGUUGAUUGACGGCACAACGUAUCAUUCCCAAUUCAAGAUUUACCCUCCAAUUACUGAAGCGACCAGAUCAAAAAUCGAAGAUGGUAGCUUCCUCGCCCAUUUGAUCAGAAGUGCAGUUCUCAUCAUUUCUGACGAAGCCACCAUGAAGACAAAUCACGCCCUUAGUGCUUUCAAUUUCCUGUUCCAAAAGUUGCACAAGAACAAUCUUCCUCACGGUGGUAAAGUGCUCCUUCUUGGUGGCGAUUUUCGUCAGUGUUUACCGGUCGUCCGACACGGAAACAGGGUGACAGUGCUGGAAGUCACUAUCCGAAACAAUGACACUUGGCCUCAGUUUCGACAACUUCGUCUGACUCAAAAUAUGCGUACCGUGGCCGGCAGUCAAGACUACGCCGAUUGGCUCAUUCAGCUUGGAAACGGAACUCUACCGACGCAUCCAAAAUUGAACAUCCCCGAUAUGAUUGAAAUUCCUAAAGAAUUUUUCAAUUAUAACCGGAGUUUAGUCGAGCACGUCUUUGGUGAUCCUGCUCAACUGUUAGAUCCCGUCGUAUCUCAACAAAUAUGCAGUCGCGCUAUUCUUUGUCCGAAAAACGGCGAUUGCUUACGAAUCAACAAUCAGAUCAUCAAAGACAUGCCCGGUACGCUUCAUGAGUACAGAAGCAUCGAUACCAUCGACUCUGACGACCCUGAAGAAAUUUCAAAUUACCCAACCGAAGUUCUCAACUCCUUUGACGUCUCCGGAAUUCCCACCCAUUUGCUGAAAAUGAAAGUGGGAGCCGUCAUCAUUCUUCUGAAGAAUAUCGAUUCGCGUCAGGGACUUUGCAAUGGGACCCGGCUCAUCAUCAGGGCGCUUAGAGAAAAUCUGAUCGUUGCAGAAAUUGCUGCUGGAAAAAACAAGGGGCACAUCGUCUACAUCCCGCGGAUGAUGAUGUCCCCAACUGAUUCGGAUCUUCCAGUCAUCCUCAAGAGGCUCCAGUUUCCCGUUUUGUUGGCGUUUGCGAUGACCAUCACAAAGUCACAGGGCCAAACGUUUGAUCGGGUCGGAAUAUUACUUCCAGAACCCGUCUUCAGUCAUGGCCAGCUGUAUGUGGCCUUCUCCAGAGCUACAUCGAAAGACGGAGUCCGAGUCGAGAUUGCUGAGUCUGGGAAGCAAGGCAAGCUUCUCAAAAAUCAUCCGACAGCCACCGAAGAAGAAAAGAAAAAGGUGUUUACUUUAAAUGUUGUCUUUAAAGAAGUUUUAUUGUAA